CGAUGAUCCUCACGCAGUGCGCCGUCUGCGCCACGGACCUUGGCUUAACCAGGGGCAAAAAAUGCGGCCGCUGCAGUACGCGCUACUGUGGGCCCGCAUGCCAGAAACAACACUGGGAAGAGGGCGGCCACGACCAGCUCUGUAAGAAAAUAAAAAAAGCUGGCGGCGCUGAGCAAUAUAACGCAAAUAAGAAGUACACGGAGGUCGUUUCGGUCGCGGCGGAGGCUUGCGCGGAGGACACGAAGGGCCAGACGUGCUACAUCUGCACGCAGGCCCUUCACUCGAAAACGAAGGAGGGCCUCGUGCGCAUGUGUGCGUGCAGCGGAACGUCGGGCUUCGCGCACGUGUCGUGUCUGGCGGAGCAGGCGAAGAUUUUGGUUGCGGAGGCCGAGGAGAACAAUUUGGAGCAGCAACCGAGGUGGGAGCGGUGGCACAAGUGCGGCCUGUGCGAGCAAGAUUGCUACGGUAUCGUGCGGUGCGCGCUCGGGUGGGCGUGCUGGAAGACGUACUUGGGCCGGCCGGAGACGGACUGGCAUCGGACUGCCGCGAUAUCGGAGCAUGGGAAUGGUUUACUAGAAACAGGACUGUACGAGGACGCGCUGUCCGUGAAAGAGACCGAGUUGGCUACGUUGCGGCGCAUUGGCACAUUAGCACACAACAUCCUCGACGUACAGGGCAAUCUUGCGGUGACGUAUGCAAAGCUAGAGCGGCACGAAUUGGCCUUACGAAUGAAGCGAAUCGUUUACUCUGGAUACUUGAAGCUCAAGGGCGAGGAACAUACAGAUACCCUCAUAUCGGCCAACAACUACGUGGACUCCCUGAUCCAGCUACAGCGCUACAAAACAGUAAUGUCUUUGUUGCGCAAAACGCUGCCCAUAGCGCGACGCGUCCUCGGAGAGGAUCAUCAUCUCACGCUCCGGAUGCGCUUCAAUUACGCGAGGGCGCUCCACCAGGACCCCGCCGCCACGCUCGACGAUCGCCGCGAGUCCGUGACGACGCUCGAGGACGCGGAACGGACCGCGCGGCGCGUGUUCGGUGGCGCGCACCCGUUCGUAGAGCAGGUUGAACAUUUCUUGCGAGAGUCCCGAGGCCUCUUGCAUAAAAAGAGAAAAACCUCAGGCUAGGCUACUCCUUCCCCUCGUAACAGUACACACUAUCCUAGCACCGUAACAGUAACACGCGGCCCACCGA